UGUCUUCAUAAAUUAUUUCAGCCACAGAUACCACGAUUCCAACACCAGUACUGAAAGGUGCCUCACGGAGAAUACUACGUUCCGAAUAGAAAUUAUUUAUAAAGUGAAUAUUUUCAAGGUGUAUCUUAAGUAGUUUCAAUAACUUUUAUUUUAGUGAUCAGAUCAAGAUACAAUCCCCAUCUUGAAGAUGCUGCUGACUAUAGCGGUAGUGGUGGUGUCUCUGCUAGUUUUCUUGGACUGGCUGAGCAAGAAAAGGCGUAACGAUGCGUCUGCUGAAAUACCUGGUCCAGCAAUCCUCCCUAUCUUCGGAAAUUACUUUAUGUUCACAAUGUUUAAUACGAAAGAUGUUAUGAAAGUCAUGAAGCACCAUGACAUACUGUAUAAUGGCUUCUCCCGUACCUGGUUUUUCAACAGACUAUCCGUCCUGAUGUCCCGGCCGAAGGACCUCGAAAUUGUUCUCAGUAGUACCAGGCACAUCAAAAAGGGUAUGCUGUAUGAUAUUCUUGGUUUGUGGUUGGGCCAAGGACUCCUAACAAGCACAGGAUCAAAAUGGCACUCAAGACGCAAAGUUAUCACUCCAGCAUUUCACUUCAAAAUUCUAGAACAAUUUGUGGAUAUCUUCGACCAACAGAGUACGAUUCUUGUAAAACAAUUGAAAAAGCAUUCUAUCGAAGAAAAACCUUUCAACGUGUAUCCUUACAUUACAUUAGCUGCUUUGGAUGUUGUUUGUGAAACUGCCAUGGGUGUGAAAGUUAACGCUCAAACCGAUCCAGGUUGCGAAUAUGUGCGAGCAGUUUCUGACAUAACAGAAAUAAUUAUGCAUCGCCUGGCGAACAAUUUUAUUCAAAACGAUCUACUGUUCGCUAUUUUUGCAUCUAAAGAAAAAAGGAGACAGGAUGAGGCCCUAAAAAUACUCCACCGUUUUACAGAAAGAGUCAUUGAACGACGACGUGUUUCGUUAGAAAAGGAGUUAGCCGAAAAGCAAUCAAUAGAUGACCCUGCCGACGACAUUGGAUCAAAGAAGAAAGUGCCCUUGCUAGAUAUUCUCCUCCAAUCAACUAUCAAUGGACAACCCCUUACAAAUGCCGACAUUCGAGAAGAAGUUGAUACCUUCAUGUUUGAAGGCCACGACACAACCACAUCUGGUAUUUGUUACGUCCUUUAUCUUCUAUCACGACAUCCCGACGUCCAGAAGAAAUUAUUCCAAGAAAUUCGUGGAGUAAUUGGCAAUGAUAAAGAAAUACCAAUGACUUUCAAAGAUUUACAGGAAUUAAAGUAUAUGGAGUGUGUUAUUAAGGAAUCCUUAAGGAUGUAUCCCCCAGUGCCAAUUAUUUUGAGGGAAUUCACAGAAGAUACCAAUAUAAAUGGUUACGUGGUCCCAGAAGGAACUCAGCUGACUAUACCGAUUUACUUAAUGAUGAAAAACCCAGACAUUUUCGCUGAUCCUGAAACAUUCAAUCCAGACCGACACACACUAGAAAAUUCGACGGAAAAGGUCAAUCCUUACGCGUAUAUCCCAUUUAGUGCUGGCCCCCGAAAUUGUAUUGGUCAGAAAUUUGCUAUGCUGGAGAUGAAAAGUGCGAUAACUAAGGUAUUGAGACACUAUGAACUAUUGCCUUUGGGCGAGGCUCCUGAUCCAGUGAUUAAUCUUGUAAUGAGAUCAACAAAUGGUGUUAAUAUAGGGAUCAGGCAAAGAGUGUAUUAACUCUUCAAUUUAAAGUCCUUUUCUGUGUUAGUAAUUUUGUCAAUAAAGUUCUAGGAAAGUAGUCAAA